CUUCUAUCCAGGAAUGAUUUCCUGGAAUGCCUCCUGGCUUAGCAUGGGCAACCUAAGUGUGCCUGAGCUCCCAGUCCAAGCCUCUGCCAUGAUUUAAUGCAGUGUGACAGAUCACCUCUUCAAGAGAGCAGCGAAAACAUCCUGUUGUUUGUGCCCUGCAGAGGGAAUGAGAGAAAAAUUGCCCUUUGGGGCACAGAAGACAGUGCAUCUGUGUGUGUCCUUUCACUGCCAGGAUCCUGUGGCGUCUGGGCAAUUAGAUGGGUCUCCUUUCCCUCGGAUGAAACUGCGAAAGGAGGAAGGGAGCUGCCCUGACACAAAAGACCCGAGUGCAAGUGCCAUGAGCCGGCGGCUGGUGCCAUCUAGCCGCUCCUCAUGGCAUAGGCACUUGGCAGGGACACGCUGCAGACGGUGGAACUAAUGAGGCUUAAUUAAACAAAGCCUUCAGCAGCAAGUGUUGUGACAUCCUGGCAACAAGUUUCUUCAACCUGUCACAAAGCAAGCGUGCUGUUUACUUUAGGACUGAGCUGCUUGCUGCUGUGUUUUCAAAAGGAGAAGCGUGCUCUUUGCAAGUUGCUCUUGGGCAGUUCGUGCUCUGUCUGGGCUUAUGCAAAGCCUGGGUGGGUCACAGGGUGAAGUUAAUUAACUCCCAGCAGAGCUGAAGCCGUGUAGAUUGGCUGCUGCUUUCUUCAGCAGUGUGUGUGACAGGCAUGGUGAUACACUCCAUGCAGUGAGUGGGUUUGUGCUCAGCUGCCUGGUUGGGUUUUUCUGUUGGGUUUGGAAAGCUUUUGCUCCUCUUUUCCCACCUUGGCCAGUUUAACCAGCAAGGCAUUUCUCAAAGGUAGGUACCUGUUUAAGCAGCUGUACCAGAGCUGGCUCUCCAGGCAACUUGCCUCCUGAAGGAUUUCUUGAUCAGAGGAGCCCUUUUCCUACAGGGUGGGAUUCCAAGUGCUUCUAAGGAUAAACUGUGCUGUAGCAGGUCAAGCCAGGCUCCUAAUGCUGGGGUGGUUUUCCCCUCAGUGUAAAAGAGGUGAGUCUUGCAGAGCUGUUUGCCUGUCAGUCUGGAGUGAGAGCUUUAUGGGGUAGGAAGAGGAGUAGUUUUGGGCAGGGAAUACCCCUACUCAUUCCUCCCUGGUUCUGCAGUACUGGGAUGGUUUUGAUUUGCUGCCUUUCUGUCCCAGCAGACUACCAGGCUGUGCUCCCACCUUUGGCAAGGCAGCAGGUUGGGGCUGGCUGGCUCUACUCAUGCCCUGGGACAGAAGGAAGAGCUCCUGUGCUUGCAGAGGUCUCCCUCCCGCCGGCACCCUGGCUCUGCACUGCAUGGACGGUGUGUUCCUCUCACCCAACGAGGAUGAGUUCGUGGGCAGGAUCACGGAGGAGCUGGAGCACUUCAUGCUGCAAGGACAACAUGACAGGGUGCUCCUGUUCCCGCCUCUGUCCAGUCGCCUCCGGUACCUGAUCCACCGGACUGUGGAAAACCUGGACUUGUUGAGCAGCUUUUCUGUGGGUGAAGGUUGGAGGAGGAGGACGGUCAUCUGUCACUCAGCUGUAAGGCUGCCCAGUGAAGCCAACAGCGACUCCAAACCCAGCAGCAACGCCCCGAGAGCACAGCGGCCGCCGCAGCCCUGGGGCCGGGGAGGCCGAGGCGCCAGGCCACGGCACGCUGGGGACGCCCACGGGGAUGGCCCUCGGGGCUGUGUGGGCUCUGGCAGGAUAAAAAGGCCCCCCUGGAAGAAACCAGAUAAAAUCCUGUACGUCCCCAAGGGAAGACGUAAGAAGGCAGAAUGGGGGGAGCAGGAGAGCCCAGUGGCAGCUGGUGCUGAAUUGGAGGGGGAUGUGGCACGAGAAGAACGGAUCUGCCCUAAAGCUUCCAGUGAGGAUGCCCAGGAGGAAGUGGGCAAGCGUGAAGGGAGCCCAAGUGAUGUCUCCUCAGCCCUUGGCAAGCAACAGGAGCCUGGUGAGGAGUGUGUUUCAGGAAAAAAUGAUGAUACAAACAAGGAACAUCCUCCCUCUCGUAUGGAUGUCCCAUCAUUAGAGAGCAGCAAUUAUUUCUCUGGGCAGGAUCAUCAGGAUAAAAACUGUUCAGAUGCCAUUUCUUCUGUACACAGUAAAUUGGAAGAGCAAGAUUUGAGCUGCCACAACAUUGAAGGGAACAAACUCCCUUGCCAACUGCAAGCUGAAGACCAAAACAGGCAGGAUGCUCAUGUGUUGGAGCAUGGCAAAACCUCCUCAUCAGAGAGCAGUAGCCACAGUGUGGAGCCAAGCGCCGUGUUAGUGCUGGAAAGCCAAGAGAGGAGCUGUGCUGCUACCCAGGGUGAUGGGAACGUGGCAGCACCUGAAGAGCAGGGCAAGGAGUUGGUGAAUGGCAGCACAGCCCAGGGAGGCAGGAGUUUGCCCCAGCUGGAAAGCCCAGAUCAAGAGUGUCCCAGCACUGCACAGGUGGAACAGGACCAGAAGCCCUCCAGAGCCCCAAAUGAGCCUGUGGCUGCCCCAGAGCCUGUCUGUGGUGCUGACUCAUCAGCUCCAGAUGGUCCUGUGCAGAUCCACAGUGGGAAGGUGCCUGUGGAGGAAGAGGAAGAGCAGGAGAAGGAGGGUCUGGGCUUGGCCAACACACUGCGUGAGCUGCGUCUGUCUGCGGGUGACAGAGAGGAGAGUGCACGUGACCACGGGCACAGCAGCCUCGAGGAUGACUGCACCACAGAGCUCUUUGCUGAGAUUGUGGGUCAUUUAACCGUGAAGGACAUAAGCAUUGAGAGGAUCAGCUGUGAUUAUUCCAGCUAUGGAGAUGCACAGCCCAGCGAGGGUGAUUUGGGCCACGUAACUGAGAUCUAUGACUUCUCCCCAUCUCUGAAAACGGAGCACCUCUUAGAAGUGUUCUCAGAUUUCCAUGAGGGGGGGUUCAAAAUCCAGUGGGUCGACGACACACACGCCCUGGGAAUCUUCUCCAGCCCAUCUGCAGCAUCUCAAGCCCUGGGCCGCCGCUAUUCUUCUUUAAAGAUCCGCCCACUGAUCCAUGCAACAAAGCAAUCCAAGAUCAAGGCACUUCAGCGACCAAAACUCCUUCACCUGGGAAAAGAAAGACCCCAGACUGACACUGCAGUGGCCAGGAGGCUGGUGAGCCGGGCUUUGGGCUGGAGGCACAGGCAGCAGGACCCCUCAAGCCAUGAAGCGCUCCUGCCAGACAGCUUGGACCAGGAGGAGUAAACCCCCACAGCUACAAGUAACAAAAAGCUGUAUAGAUGAGCAUGGCUGUGCUAUUUAACUGCAUGCAGAACAGUGAGUUAACCAUGGGAUGUUCACUUAGGGAUUAGCACCAUCUUUGUAAAGUUGGGAAGGGGGAAAAGUGCUACUGUUUAAUUAGAGAUUGAGCUGAGAGCUGCUGUUGGCUCUUCCUGAGGGGAGAGCGUUUUGUUCUGCUCUGUUUCAAAAGCAUUUGUUACUCACUGGGACACGUGCAGAAAAGCCUGCUCUGUAAUCCUAAGGAUAAAAAUGCAUUAGAGGAAGAGAACUGUCUGGUGUUGGCCAAAAUUCAUCUGUAAGCAGGGGCAGAGCAUCUGCAGGAGUCCAAAACAAAAAUGUGUUUCAUGUUUGUUUGGUUGUGAUGUUAUUGUGAAAACAUCCCCUAAAACUGACAAGCAGCGAAUGCCAGUUGAGUUUCAGGGUUUUUUUCCUUGUUUACAGAGUUUCAAAGAGCCUGACUUGCUUUGUAAUAAAGGAAAGUUGUCACACACCGACUAGGAAAAGACAA